UCUGACAGAUGCUCGGUCUUGUAAUGUCGCCUGAGUGUGCUAGUUGGCAGCGUGACGCUGUAACAUAGCGUGCGACGCACUAGCCUUAACCCACGCGUUUCCCCGCUAUAUCAGUUAACUUUAUUAUUACGCUUACAAAUUAGCUACUUUCUGUACUAUGUGGGCAUUUGUAAUCCCACUUAUAGCGGAUGAAAACAACUAUUUGAAAGUGCAGGUCUUCCGGCAGCACUAAGUCAAUCAGCUCCAAUGUAAAGGAUUAUCACUGGGACUUUAUCACAGAACCGAGCGGUUAAUGUCGCGUUAUUCCACUUUAUUCCUUCAUCGUGUCGUCGCGGAAUAAACCGAGAUUCAGUCAUGACAGAGACGCGCAUUUCGCGCUGGUACUUCGGAGGAAUUGCCUCGUGUGCAGCCGCCUGUUGCACUCACCCACUGGACCUAAUAAAGGUUCAUCUGCAAACCCAGCAGGAGGUGAAGAUGAGGAUGACUGGCAUGGCCAUGCAGGUGGUGCGCAGUGAUGGUGUGUUUGCGCUCUACAAUGGACUCAGUGCUUCACUCUGCAGGCAGAUGACAUACUCGAUGACCCGUUUUGCCAUUUAUGAAACUGUGAGAGACAAGAUAUCUAGUCGAAACCAGGGGCCCAUGCCCUUCUACCAGAAGAUCUUGCUGGCUGCUUUUGGAGGUCUUACUGGUGGGUUUAUUGGGACGCCAGCAGACAUGGUUAAUGUCAGAAUGCAGAAUGAUGUGAAGUUGCCACAAGAGUUGAGAAGAAACUAUGCACACGCUCUUGAUGGAUUGUUACGCGUCUGGAGAGAAGAGGGAAUAAGGAAGCUGUUCUCUGGAGGUUCAAUGGCAGCUAGUAGAGGGGCCAUGGUCACUGUGGGGCAGCUAUCCUGUUAUGACCAGGCCAAGCAGCUGGUUCUGGGAACUGGUGUGAUGACUGAUAACAUUUUCACUCACUUUGUUGCUAGCUUCAUUGCGGGAGGUUGUGCUACUGUUCUCUGUCAGCCUAUGGAUGUGGUGAAAACCAGACUGAUGAAUUCAAAGGGGGAAUACAGGGGGUUGAUUCAUUGUCUGUCUGAUACUGGAAGACUUGGACCUAAAGCUUUCUACAAGGGCCUUGUCCCAGCUGGAAUCCGUCUGAUUCCUCACACUGUACUAACUUUUAUAUUUCUAGAGCAGCUUCGGUUGUACUUUGGCAUUAGAGUCGUCACCUCUACAUGAACUCUGACACAAAGACGCCUGGUAUUAGCAUCAGUUUCAGGUGAUCCGACAGCAAUAAAAUGAUGUGUUAAUGGGGUCCAAAACAUUCUGUGAUCAAAUCACUGAAACCACAUAAGGUGGAUACAAAUGCGUGUGACUGCAUUGCUUUUGUAGUGUAAACUCCAGUUCAAACAACCACAAAGAAACACCAACUCACCUUCCAGUCAUUCUUUGUGCUAAAGCAAUGAUCUAAAAAUAACAUUUCCAGUCAUUUAUGCCUUUAAAAGUAAAACCUAAUCAAAAUAUUUGGAAAAUCCUGUAAUUAUAUGCACUUCAAGGAAACCCUCAACAUGUGUUAACACAGAUCAUGUGUAAUAUGCAGAUCUCAAGUUCAAUUGAGCAUGUUUCGAAAUGUCAUAUUUGUGGUGAGAUUAAAAUUUGAAGCUUAUCUGGAAGCAACAAUGUUUUCAACCUUUUCUCAUGGUUACUUAGCAUGGUGACCACCUGUGACAAAAUAAACCAAGAUGAAUGUUAAUACCAGGUGUAAACAGGGCCAAAAUGCCUCUGACCGCUACAGCAUCUCAAGAGACAAUACAGAGCGUGUCAAUAAGACGCAGAGCAGUGGGCCAUAGUUCCAGGGAAGCACUGGCCAAGGAGCCUGAUUCAGAUGGAGAAAAGGCACAAAGCGCUAUUGAGAACAGUAGCUUUCUCUUUUUGUACUAAUAUCGAUUUUGCAGUGCCAUUAAUAUUCGCAUUCAAGUUGCCUGCAUGUGAUAAAGUUUGCCGUAUAUUAUAUAGCCUACUCAAUUGUGUGAUCUAGACCUUGACAUCUUUUCUGUGAUCAUUAAAAAAGCAUCUUUUUCAUUU